GAGUAGUGCCAUCAGUUGCUCGAGUUCUGAGUAAAUGGAAAGAUCAAGUGAACAUUUCAGUGGUCUAAAAAUAAAAUUACUUUUUGACAAAAAACUCUGGAAGAACAUAUGAAAGUCGAGAGAAGAAAUCUGUAAUCCAAGCACAGAUAGAUAAAUACCAAAACUUGUGAUAUUUCAAAGUGUGAUCCUUAUUUGAGUGCAACUUUUGUUUCUUGUAAUUACUAAUACAACAAAAAGAAAAACAAAAACUUUUCAAAAUGCCUGAACUCAUCGAACAAAGCAAACCCAUUUCCAAUGGCGCUUUGCCAAUGCAAAACAAGACCAAGGAAGACAACUGCGGCCUGUACAACCACAUUCGCGGCAUAAAUGUGUCUUUUGGUUCUGUCCAGAAACUCACGCCUGGAGUCCAGGCCUUCGUCGACGAAGCCGUCGUUUUAUGUCAACCUGAACAAAUCCAUAUUUGCGACGGUUCCGAUAUGGAGUACAAAAUGUUAUUGAAAUUGAUGUGCGAAUCUGGCACCAUUGUUCCUCUGCCCAAGUACGAAAACUGCUGGCUGGCCCGCACGAAUCCUGCUGAUGUUGCCCGUGUUGAAUCCAAAACAUUUAUUUGCACUGAACGCAAAGAAGAGUCCAUUCCUACCCCCCAAGACGGGGUAAAAGGCACUUUGGGAAAUUGGAUCUCACCCGCUGAUAUGGAAACUGCCAUUAAAGAACGCUUCCCCGGCUGCAUGAAGGGUCGCACAAUGUAUGUCGUUCCGUUCAGCAUGGGUCCAGUUGGAUCUCCUCUAUCCAAAAUUGGAAUUGAAAUUACUGAUUCUGCAUAUGUUGUGGCUUCCAUGAGAAUUAUGACCCGAAUGGGAGCAAGCGUUUUGGAACAAUUGCAAAAGAAAGAAGAAUUUGUGCGUGCUCUUCAUUCUGUUGGCACUCCCGCCAAUGGCGUCAUUGAACGCAGCUCCUGGCCUUGUGAUCCCGAGAGGACCAUUAUUUUGCACAAACCCGCUGAUAACAUGAUUGUCUCCUAUGGCUCUGGCUAUGGUGGCAACUCUUUGCUGGGGAAGAAAUGCUUCGCUCUCCGUAUUGGCAGUACCAUUGCCAAGAAGGAAGGCUGGUUGGCGGAGCAUAUGUUGAUUUUGGGAAUUACUAAUCCCAAAGGCGAGAAAAAGUACAUUACUGCCGCUUUCCCAUCAGCAUGCGGCAAAACCAAUCUAGCCAUGUUAAACCCCACCCUUCCAGGAUAUAAAGUUGAAUGUGUGGGUGAUGAUAUUGCUUGGAUGAAGUUCGACGAGCAGGGCACACUGCGCGCCAUCAACCCCGAAAAUGGCUUCUUUGGAGUAGCUCCAGGCACAUCCAUGGAAACGAAUCCCAUUGCCAUGAAAACAGUCUUCAGAAACACAAUUUUCACCAACGUUGCAUCUACCUCGGAUGGUGGUGUUUACUGGGAAGGAAUGGAAAGCAGUUUGGCCGAAGGUGUGACCAUAACCGACUGGUUGGGCAACCCAUGGACUAAAGAGUCGGGCAAACCAGCUGCUCACCCCAACUCCCGCUUCUGCACGCCUGCCAAUCAAUGCCCCAUCAUUGAUGAGGCUUGGGAAGAUCCUGCCGGUGUACCCAUCAGUGGAAUUCUUUUCGGUGGCCGCCGUCCAGCUGGUGUGCCAUUAAUUUAUGAGGCCCGCAACUGGACCCAUGGUGUAUUCAUGGGUUCGGCAAUGCGCAGUGAGGCCACCGCCGCAGCCGAACACAAGGGCAAAGUUAUUAUGCAUGAUCCAUUUGCAAUGCGUCCAUUCUUCGGUUACAACUUUGGCCAUUACGUCCAACAUUGGUUGAGUAUGGAGUCUCGCGGCAAUGUUCCCAAGAUCUUCCACGUCAACUGGUUCCGCAAAGGUGCCGAUGGUAAAUUUAUGUGGCCCGGAUAUGGUGACAACUCCCGAGUCCUCGAAUGGGUCUUGCGUCGCAUCAAUGGCGAAGACUGCGCAGCAGAGUCGGCAAUCGGUUAUAUUCCAGCUGAAAAUCAACUAAACUUGGAGGGCAUGACCAGCAGUGUUAAUUUGGCUGAGUUGUUCUCCUUGCCCAAAGAUUUCUGGACACAAGAAGUCGAAGAAAUCCGCAAAUACUUUGAAUCGCAGAUCGGUUCCGAUCUUCCCGCCGCCAUCUACAAUGAGCUAGAACAGUUGAAGCAGCGUAUAGCUGCCAUGUAAAUUCCUUUAUUAAAACAUUACAAACAUAUUUGUUGUAUAGAUAUUGUCCAAGACAUUUUCACGCUACCUGCCGGAUAUGGAUGUGUUUCCGUCCAUGUUCAAUAGUCCGCAAACAUAAUUUUGUACUUCAUUUUUUUUUUUUUGUUGAAAGACGUCCAUAUUUAAUUUAUAACAAACCCAUAAUUUUAAGAUGUAGCCAUUAAGAACAAAUAUAUUGCCAUAUUUAUAUACCGGUGCAUGCCCCUGAGGUGCUGCACAUUCAUGUAUACUGUACUGUACAUACUUCUAUUGUAUCAAAAAUGUUAUUUUUUUAAGAAAAGUUAAUAUUUUAAAAGAAUGUACCAAAUACAGAAAAAUAUCAAACUAUAACAAAA